CUGCCAAGUGGGGGGCAUGGCCUCGGUCACUUGAGCGGAAGCAGGAAGUGUCACACUCAAAAGGGAACCUCUGGUCCGUCCUUCUUGCGGUCCCCCUCCUCCCGACUUUGGAGGAAAAGAAGGGAUCCUGAAGGAGAAUCUAGCAACAGGUGGAAAAUCUGACUGAAAAGAUGGGAGGGCAAAUCUCUGUGGAGUCUAACCUAGGAAAAGGCCCUCCACUUGUGCAGCCUCAGUCUAAUGGAACCUUUGCGGGGAGAACCACACAGAAAAGCCUGGAGGAGAAUGCGUUCAGUUCGGAUUUACAGCGGCAGCGUUUCAGGGGGUUGUGCUACAAGGAGGUGGAGGGGCCCCGAAGGGUUUGCAGCCAGCUUCAUGCACUUUGUUGUCAAUGGCUCCAGCCAGAAACACAGAGCAAGGCGGAGAUGCUGGACGUGGUGGUGCUGGAGCAGUUCUUGGCCAUCCUUCCUGCAGAGAUGGAGCGCUGGGUGAGAGAGUGCGGGGCAGAGAGCAGCUCCCAGGCCGUGGCCCUGGCAGAAGGAUUCCUCCUCAGCCAAGCAGAAGAGGGCAGGCAGAGCAAGGAGCAGCAGGUUUUCUUUACAGAAGAGAAAACCAAGGCAGUACAGUGUUCAUCUGGGACCAGUUGGAUCCUGCCAGACUGGGACAGAAUUUCUACUUUAUUGGGAGAAGAAACAAGGAUGCAACCCACAUUUACAAGUCCAUCUCUUGAUUAUGGUUCAGCUUCCGUGGAGCUGGAUCAGGUAGCCUUUGAGGACAUGACUGUGGAUUUCACAGAGGAGGAGUGGGCUCUGUUGGACACGGGCCAAAGGGCCCUUCAUGGGGAAGUCAUGGAAGAGACUUUCAAGCUUGUGUUUUCUCUGGGUGCUGAUGAGCAAUUGGAGGAGAAGGAAGAGGAACCAAGCAGGAGCCUGUUCAAAAGAGACAAAUUGAAAGAGAAUAGACCAAAAGGAAGAACACCUGAUGCUGGUGGGAAAGAGCAGAAGGAAGCAUCAGCUUCUCAGAGUGGGGUGGUCCAUGGAAUCACAGUCCCAGAAAUAACUCAGAGAGAAAUGGAAAUAAAUAUAUGUAUUUGUGGAAAGAGCUUCAGUGGUAGAGAAAACUUUGAUGCUCAUAUGAGUAUUCAUACAGAAGAAAUGUCUCCCAAAGGCAGGGAGUGGGAAAAGAUCAGCAGAGUUAGCAAAGACCAGAUUUCCCAUCCAACAAAUCAGAAGAGCCACCCAUCAUUUAAAUGUUCAGAUUGUGGAAAGAGCUUCGCUGGAAAGAGGCAACUGACUUAUCAUCAAGCAGCUCACACUGGAGAGACACCAUUUCAGUGCUUGGAGUGUGGAAAGACAUUCUGUCAGAAGCUGCGCCUCACCUUUCAUCAAAGAAGUCACUCUGUAGAUACACAAUUUAAAUGCCUGGAGUGUGGAAAGAGCUUCAGUCAGAAAACGGACCUCAUUCGCCAUCAAAGAGUUCACACAGGAGAGAAGCCAUUUAUGUGUAUGGAGUGUGGAAGAAGCUUCAGUCAAAAGACAGACCUCAGUAGUCAUCAAAGACUCCACACUGGAGAGAAGCCAUUUCAGUGUUUGGAGUGCGGAAGAAACUUUACUCGGAAGACAAACCUAACACGUCAUCAAAAAGUUCACACAGGCGAAAAGCCGUUUCAGUGUUUGGAGUGCGGAAGAAGCUUCAGGCAGAAGAUCAAUCUCACUGAUCAUCAAAGAGUUCACUCAGGGGAGAAAACCUUUACAUGCUUGGAGUGCGGAAAGAGCUUUCGUCGGAAGUCACAUCUGAUUUGCCAUCAAGGAACUCACACAACAAAGUAGCCAUUCAAAUCAGGAGUAGUACGCCAACAACAGAGCUGAGGCGUUUCUGCUACCAGAUUUUGGGCAGCUUUAGUGUCCCUGAUAGGAGCCCCCGGAGGUGCAGCGUAUUAAAGCACUGAGCUGCUGAACUUGUGGACCCAAAGGUCAGCAGUUUGAAUCCGGAGAACGGAGUGAGCACCCACUGUUAGCCCCAGCUUCUGCCAACCUAGCAGUUCGAAAACAUGCUAAUGUGAGUAGAUCACAGUGAGAAGGUAACAGCGCUCCAUGCAGUCAUGCCAGCCACAUGACCUUGGAGGUGUCUACAGACAAUGCUGGCUCUUCGGUUUAGAAAUGAAGAUGAGCACCAACCUCCAGAAUUGGACAUGACUGGACUUAAUGUCAGAGGAAAAGCUUUACCUUAACCUUGGUGUCCCUGAGCUCUCCUGCUCAUUAUUCAGACUGCCAUUUUGGGAGACUGGAAGAGACACUGCAUCUGCCAUUUGGGGCAAACGGAAAUGUCAUUGUCACCAUUGGAAACAUUGGGAGGGGAGGACUACUACAGUUCUUGGGGAUAGAGCACUUCAUACAGCAUUUUAUAGUCCUAUUUUGGCAGUAAAACAGCAAGGUAGAAUAACUCUUAGGGGUUAGUUAGGGUCUCAUAGGCCCCACUAGUCCUACUAAGAAUCAGAUGCGUCCUGAGGAUCACACGGUUGUCUUUACAACUAGACACUUUUCCUUCUAUAUAAUGUAUUGAACCUGCAUUUUUUGCUAUAAUGUUAAUUUCAUUAAAAGUUGAAAUAUA